CAUCAACCUAUGCUAAUUGCAAAAGAAAAAUGUUAUAGCUCUGUCUCGUCAUGACGGUGUAAAAAUAGCUGUCACAUUUUUCUUGCACCAGACACUAAUUUGUUGUAUAAACAAACACUCAAAAUUACAUGCUAAUUAUGAUGAAGUGUUCCAGUCUAUAUUUCUGUCAGGACAUUCAUCUGCAUGAGUACUUAAAUCAAUGCCAUUGGUUUGGUGGUCCACUUUCUGUUUGCUGGUGCAAGAGGUAACAUCAACAUUGGAAAAAAAAGGCGGAAAAAAGGAAAAAAUGGAUUUGAGAAACAUUUUUUCUACAGUAACAGUUUUCUUGGCAUGGCUUCUUACAGUACAAGGCCAAAUGUUCGAGCUCGAUCCAAUGGAUAUGAUGCAACUCACGUCUGCUGUUCGGCAUAUUGUUCAUCCAAAUGCACAGCCAACCCCUGAGAUGAUGGCCAUUGCUACAAGACAAGGCGGACCACCAGCUACCAUCGCACAGAUGUUACAGUACACACCAUUUUUCGUUAACCUAGCAACCCAGAUGGGAGUUCGACCCCCAGGAACCAAUGGAACCGUUACCCGUCAAGCUCUUACAGAUUUUAUAGUUGCCAAGGGAAACCAGUGGAUGCAGCAACAAGGAGCUCUAGCUGGAAUGACCGGCGGACAGAUGGGGUUCGGAUCUGAAAUGACCGGCAUUGGAGGUUUAACAGGAAGAAUGGGCUCAGUAGGAAGAGCAGCACCAGUGCAGCCACUUGGAUCUUUAAUGGGCCAAUAUUCAGCAGGAUUUGGGUUCUCUCCUGUAUCUAUGAUGCUUCUAAAUGGUGAAAUGGACUUACACAUGCCCAUGAUGAAUUCUUUAGGCAGCACCAGAAAUCCUCUAUCCAUGAUGUAUUUUAUGGAGAAUAUGAUGUAACUAUUGAAAAAUAUAAUCAGUUAUAAAUGUUAA